AGUGUUGGAGUGUGACUUACACCCAUCAGAGUAUCUGUUCCUUGAAGGGGUCAAGAGUGAACAUAUCCUGCUCUUACACAUAUCCCAGUAAUCAUGAGAUCAAACAAGCUUUCUGGUUUACUAAAUGGUCUGGUAUGGACACUGAAGAUCUGAGCUCAGCGCCAGGGAAUGAGGGUCAUAUAGAGUACCUUGGGGAUAAGGAGAGUGACUGUACCCUGAGAAUCACAGACCUGAGAUUGAGUGACUCUGCUGGAUACAUGUUCAGAUUCAUAACAUCUGGAGAAAAGUUUGCUGGCUCACCUGUCUCCCUGACUGUCACAGAUGUUGUGUUGGAGAUGGAUCCUACAUCUGUGUCAGAGGGGGAGAAUGUGACACUAACGUGUAGAACCAACUGUACACUGGACMMCAUCACAGCCUACAGUUGGUAUAAGAAUGGACAGCCUAUACCAAAUAGCAACACCUACUCUCCUGUCUAUAUCCUGUUCACAGUCAGCAGUGAGGAUACAGGCAGAUACUCCUGUGCUGUAGAAGGCCAUGAGGAUCUCCCCUCUGCUGAAGUGACUCUCACUGUCAGAUAUGGCCCAAAGAACACCUCGGUGUCAGUCAGUCCCUCUGGUGAAAUAGUAGAGGGCAGUUCAGUGACUCUGACCUGCAGCAGUGAUUCCAACCCACCUGUGGACAAAUAUACCUGGUACAAGAAUAAUGCAGGCCACUAUCAGAGUAUCUCCAAUCAGAACACAGGACCACAACAUGUCUUCAAUCAUAUCAAGUCAUCUGACACUGGAGAGUACUACUGUGAGGCCCGGAAUGAAAUUCAGACAGGGAGGUCUGAGUCAAUCAACAUGGAUGUGAAAUUUCACUUCACUGUGGUGGAUCUCUGUAAAGUGGGGACAGGAG